CCGGCUCCGAGGAGACGGAAGUGCGGCGCGCAGGGGGGCUGCUGGCGGGGGGGUGAUGUGGGAGCGUGGGGAGGCGCUGAGGCCAGCCGCUCUCCGGUCCCGCCGGUAAUCGGGUCCCGGGCGCAGGUGUCGUCGUGUCGCCGUGCGUGCGCCGCGGUCCCACAGGGUCCAGCCGUCCCUUGGCCCGGCAGGAGACGCCGCCCUUACGAGCGGCCGCGGGGCAUGGAAGCGGAGAACGCGGGCAGCUAUUCCCUUGAGCAAGCUCAAGCAUUUUAUUCAUUUCCAUUUCAACAAAUGAUGACUGAAGCUCCUGACAUGGCAGUCACGAGUGAACAGCAAAUGCCAGCAGAAGUCCCAGCACCAGCACCUGCUCAGGAGCCAGUACAAGAGACUCCAAAAGGAAGGAAAAGAAAAACCAGAACAACUGAACCCAAAAAACCAGUGGAACCCAAAAAACCUGCUGAGCCAAAAAAAUCUGGCAAGUCCACAAAAUCAAAAGAAAAGCAAGAAAAAAUUACAGACACAUUUAAAGUAAAAAGAAAAGUAGACCGUUUUAAUGGUGUUUCCGAAGCUGAACUUUUGACCAAGACUCUCCCUGAUAUUUUGACCUUCAAUCUGGACAUUGUGAUUAUUGGCAUCAACCCAGGACUCAUGGCUGCUUACAAAGGGCAUCAUUAUCCUGGACCUGGAAACCAUUUUUGGAAGUGUCUGUUUAUGUCAGGACUGAGUGAGGAGCAGCUAAAUCACAUGGACGAUCACACUUUACCAGGGAAAUAUGGUAUUGGAUUUACCAACAUGGUGGAACGGACGACGCCAGGCAGCAAGGAUCUUUCCAGUAAAGAAUUUCGUGAAGGAGGACGUAUUCUAGUACAGAAAUUACAGAAAUAUCAGCCACGAAUAGCGGUAUUUAAUGGAAAAUGUAUUUAUGAAAUUUUUAGUAAAGAAGUUUUUGGAGUAAAGGUUAAGAACUUGGAAUUUGGGCUUCAACCCCAUAAGAUCCCAGACACAGAAACUCUCUGCUAUGUUAUGCCAUCGUCCAGUGCAAGGUGUGCUCAGUUUCCUCGAGCCCAGGACAAAGUCCACUACUAUAUUAAGCUGAAGGACUUAAGGGACCAGUUGAAAGGCAUUGAACGGAACACGGACGUUCAAGAGGUGCAGUACACGUUUGACCUGCAGCUGGCCCAAGAGGAUGCAAAGAAGAUGGCAGUUAAGGAAGAAAAAUAUGACCCAGGCUAUGAAGCAGCGUAUGGUGGUGCUUACACUGAGAACCCAUGCAGCAGUGAGCCCUGCGGCUUCUCCGUGGAUGGGCUGGCAGCUGACAGUGCAGAGUUAAGAGGAGAAUUGGCUUUUGGUGACAUUCCAAAUGGGCAGUGGAUGACCCAGUCGUUUACAGACCAGAUUCCUUCCUUCAGCAAUCACUGUGGAACGCAGGAGCAGGGAGAAGGGAGCCAUGCCUAAGAAUGGCGCUGCUGGGCGCCGCCUGAAUGCUGCAGUUUUAAUGCAGUUGUCAAGAAGUCCAACCUCGGCUUGCUAGCCGAAGUAUUUUCUUAGUGCUUUAGUGUAUAAUUAUAGUACAGAACAGUUACGUGGUAGAUUCAACUGUCUGAACCUAAGUAGUUUGGAAGGAAAAAGUAGGGGUUUUGUAUGAGUUUUUGUAUUUGAAUUAACCAUCAUUCCAGCUUUUUAUAUACUCUAUUUCAUUUAUGAAGAAAUCAGUUUUCUUCUGGAAGUUGCUUUUGAUCUGCAAUUUUAAAAUGCAACCGUCAAAUAUGUAUAUUUGAUUCUUAACUGUGCAAGACCUAAGCACGCCGUUCUCCCUUGGAUGCCUAAGAAGGGCAUACUAAAAAAUGCCUUACCACUGGUCCAGAGGCAGAUGUGUUGCUUUUCACAUAGGAAACCAGUGCUCAGGGGAGCCCCAUUUACCAGCUUUUGGUGUGACUAAGGCUGGACUCAGGGCUCCCUGAGCUGUGUGCACACUCAGGCCUCGUUCCCUCGCCCGUGGUGAGUGUGUGCGAAAGCUGCUUUGUGGGAGAAACAGAGCGGCACUGCACGUAGCAGGGCUGACCUGGCCUGACCUGGCAGGCACUGAGCCCGCCUUUGGCCUCCUCACCCCUGGGUUUAUCCUCUAGUGGGCAGAAACUGUUCUGCUGAGCUGGGAGGUUCCAGAGAAUGCAGUAGGCCUUUUAUAUUUGGUCAUUCAUCUACAGUUUACUUGAGAGGCAUAAAUUUGAUAAGGCAGGAGCUGAAUGUCUCUGUCAGUAUUUAUCACCUUUCUAAUUUUAUCCUCCUUGGCUUUAAGGGUGUGUCAUGGAAAAUGAUUAAGAAGUGAACUUUCAGGCUAAGCAACAAGAUGCUGGAGGUGUUGGAUAAUCCUAUUUAAACUGGUGCUUUGUGUACAUGAGAUGUACUAAAAUAAAUAAUACAAAAUUUUUCUUGCUAGAUAACUAAUAAGCCAAUAAUUUUAAAAAUUUUUCCUGUGCAUCAUUGCUGUUUGUUACCGGGACUAAGUGAACCUCCUGGAAAGGAUGAUUUGAAUUAAGUCCUUUGUGGUUUUCUAAUGCAUUUUUCAUGGUGCUACAAGUAGUCCAGACUGUUAGUCUGGUGGGUAUUAAGGCUGGGUAUUCAGAAAUGCAUUUGCAUUCACUCCUAAUCACUCCUGAAUAUUCAGAUUUUAUACAUACCCAGGGAGCAUGCUGUAUUUGCAAACUUAAAUAUCUUGGAGGGUUUUUUGUUACCCCAGGAUGUUAUAAAGCCUGUUCUAUUUAUAAUAAGAGAAACAAAUUCUUGUUGUGAAUCUUAACAUGCUUUUUAGCUGUGGCGAUGAUGUAUUUUAUUUUUUAUUAAGUCUAGGUCAAGCUGUGUAAAAGUCACUCAUGUUAUUUAAAUGAUGUACUGUACUGCUGUUUACAUGGACAUUUUGUGCGGGUGCUUUGAAGUGCCUUGCAUCAGGGAUUAGGAGCAACUGAAUUAUUUUUUCAUGGGACUAUGUAAAGCAUGUAACUAGGUAAUAACUAUUGUAGCUUUACAAUAGAUUUCCUUAUUUGAGUGAAGAAAAUACCCUUUAAAUUAUGACAAACACUCAUUAGAGAAUGGUUUGAGGGUUUUCCAAGUAAACAAUCAUGAUGUUUUUCAUUAAACAUGACUGAUGAGUGGUAAAUGUUGCUAUAACCUGUA